AUGUUCGCCAACGGCCGCCCCCCUCGUGCCCGAGAUGGCUGCGAGCUGCCCCUUGACGGCGGCCGUCUUUGCCCCUCGCCCAGGUCUCGGCCCACGGCAACCCGCCGAAGCACGCCCAAGGGUUCCAGAAGCGGCUGCGCCGUCGCUGACCUCGCCCGGCUCGCACCAAGCACCCCCUUAUCCCUCGACCCCCAAGAGCCCUGUGCCAACCUUCUGCAACUGCUGCUCGGCUGCACCUGGCGUCUGUCGGAAUGCGUGCGCCGAUAUUGA